CAGUGGGGUGAGCUCCUGGGGAAUAGCACGGAGCCGGCACGGGAGGGGGCCGAACGGCGCGGAAGGGGUAGGAAUGGAAGGGGGUGCCGGCUGAGCAGAGGGGGAGGUUUGGCCUUACGUGUAAUGCACCAUUCUUUCUUAUAAACAAGGAGAAUGUGUUUAUGCGUUACUUUGAAAUUUUUUUAAAUGUUAAAUCAUGUACUUCUGAGAAUCUCUAAAGGAGAUACAAUGUGCAUAUUUAUGCUUGGGGUGGGGGAGUCUUCAACCCCCUAUGGCAGCUUUUGGGUUGGAUUUCCUGGGUACCGUUUGGGCCUCAGGGUGAGCUCCUGCAGGGCUGGGCUCCGGGCUUUGGGGAAGCUGGGUGGACGGGUAGUCUGCAGGGCCUGCCGAAGUUGGGGGAAGCUGGAGAUCAGGGAGCGCGGGACAAGGGCCCUCUGCGGAGCUCGGGGCGGGGCUGCGCACUACGUAAGUGAAAAACAAGACCCCCCGCACUGGGUAAAAAGAUUGAGCCGGACUCGCUGCUCUGCGGGCUCAGACGUCCCCGCCCAGCCGAGGCGCCCUGCGCCGCCUGGCCCUGGGCGCAUGGCUGAGCCGCGCCCAAGGACCCCGCCGAACCUGCCAGGCGUCCUGGGAGCCGGGAGGAGCCCCUUCCGAAGCCACCUGCACCUGACCCGCGUCCCGGCAGCCCCUCCGCUUUUCCCCGGCCUCGGGUCCGGGGGAGUCUGCGGUGCUGACCCCGCGGGCUCCACCCUCCCUGAGGCUCAGCCCUCGGGCUGUCCCCUCCGCUCCGGAACCCCUACGGUGUGCUGCGCGGCACGGCGCAGGGACGGCCUAGGGGGGCGUGGGCGCAGCUGUGCGCGCCGUGAAGGUGCCCAGGGGCCCGGCGCUGGGCUCUAGGAGCGGCGCAGGGGCUCGAGUCGGACAUCGGCGACCCCGCCCCAGUCCACACCCGGCCGCGGACCCGCUUCGCCGCGGGGUCUCUAUCAUCCCGCGAGUCCCGCCUGUUCCCGGGAGAGUCCUGGCAGUUUCCGGAGAAGUUGUCUCCCCCGGACCCCGUCCCUAGCGGAGCCAACCCCUCAGGCCGCGGCCCACGAGGCCCAGCCGGGCGGGAACCGCCCUCCGCGCAGCUCCCGGAAGCCCCGCCCGGCCGAGGCCUCUGACGGGCGGGCCUCUCGGCCAACCGGGGUGGGGCAGAGCGGGGCCCGGCGCGCGCGGCCAAUGGCAGGCUGUGCCGGGCUGACGGACGGGCGCGGGGCGGGGCGUGCGCGGCCCGGUCGGGUGUCCGCCGCCCGCAGCCCGAGCCGCACCCGCCGCGGACGGAGCCCAUGCGCCGGGCGAGCCAAGUGCCCCGACCCCAGCCCCCGCCGCCGCCCCCGCCCCGGCCCCGGCCCCGGGGGCAGUCGUGCCAGUGAGCGGUGGGACAGGCGACCACUGCAGUGCCUUGUGCUGUGGUCCUUUGAGGAGCAAUGACGGAGUAUAAGCUCGUGGUGGUGGGCGCUGGAGGCGUGGGGAAGAGCGCCCUGACCAUCCAGCUCAUUCAGAACCACUUUGUGGAUGAGUACGACCCCACCAUAGAGGACUCCUACCGGAAGCAAGUGGUCAUCGAUGGGGAGACGUGCCUGUUGGACAUCCUGGACACGGCGGGCCAGGAGGAGUACAGCGCCAUGCGGGACCAGUACAUGCGCACCGGGGAGGGCUUCCUUUGUGUGUUUGCCAUCAACAACGCCAAGUCCUUCGAGGACAUCCACCAGUAUAGGGAGCAGAUCAAACGGGUGAAGGACUCGGAUGACGUGCCCAUGGUGCUGGUGGGGAACAAGUGUGACCUGGCCGCGCGCACCGUGGAGUCUCGGCAGGCCCAGGACCUCGCCCGCAGCUACGGCAUCCCCUACAUCGAGACGUCGGCCAAGACGCGCCAGGGCAGCCGCUCUGGCUCUGGCUCCAGCUCCGGGACCCUCUGGGACCCUCCGGGACCCCCGUGACCCAGCAGCCCCUCUCGCUGGCGUGGAGGAUGCCUUCUACACGCUGGUGCGCGAGAUCCGGCAGCACAAGGUGCGCAAGCUGAGCCCGCCUGACGAGGGUGGCCCGGGCUGCCUGAGCUGCAGGUGCCUGCUCUCCUGACAGCGGCAUGGGUGCGGGCUGUGGAGGUGCCGGAUGAGACGCGGGCUGAGGAUGCAGGGAAGGAAGGAAGUGCUGCCAGAGCCUGGCCAGCCCAGGUCGGUGGACAGAGUGACCGCGGGCCUCCCGGGACGCUUUGCACAGACUGUCGUGAACUGACGCCGGCGGCCCCCAGUUGUCACUCUCCUCCAGCCCCGUCCUGGCCCACUGGGCACAGGCUGAGUCGCAGUAAAUUAUUUCAUGUCUUGA